GUCUCGGGGGCGCGCCUGUGUUGUUCUCCUCGCUCCUGGAAGCGCGCCCCGGUGCAGUAGAGCAGCUGGGAGACGGUGAGUGACAACGGGAGGAGGAUGAUGAGGAUGAUGAAGAUGAUGAUGGGACCCUGAACCUCCGGAGCAGACCAGUGUGAGCAGGUUUUGUCAGUACAAGUCUAUUAUCGGGAAAAUUGCUGAAGAUUGGACACUUGGAUCUCCGAGACAUCAACAAUGAAGCACUUCAUGAAAGUGCUGGCUCCGUUCAUAUUUGAUGCAAACAACUAUAGACCAAGGGAAACAGUUCAAUAACUUACAGAAUGGUGGUUCAGGUGUGGCUAUACUUCUACUGCAUUUGUCUCUGGCGUUGCUUCAAGUUUAUCUUGAGGAAGCUGACUGGCCGCUGCGAACUGCAGAGAAUCUGCUACAAGAACAAGCCAGGUGCUGGGAGGACAUUAAAGAUAGAAACAUCGCUGAAAUCCUCUAAAAGCAAGCUUUUGCAAAGUGCCAUUGCUGUGCACCCCGAUGCUAUUGAGAAGUCUGUAGAAGAUAUCCUGAAUCUGAAGAAGGUCAACGUGGACACCAAUCCCCAGUUGGCUGUGUCCCUUCAGGCUUGCCUUCUGCAGAUUGUGGGGUACAGAAAUUUAACCGUGGAGGUGGAGAAGCUGCGCCGGGAGGCAUACGAUUCAGAGAACUCAGAGCAUGAAGAUAUGCUGAUGAAGCUGUGGAAAAUGCUGAAACCUGGUGUUCCGCUGGAUGCGCGGGUCUCUAAGCAAUGGUGUGAAAUCGGUUUCCAAGGAGAUGACCCAAAAACUGAUUUUAGAGGAAUGGGUCUCUUGGGACUUUACAAUUUGGUAUACUUUGCAGAUAAAGAUCCCGCUACAGCUCUUCAAAUAUUGUCUGAUUCUCUUCAACCCAAGUGCAGGGAUAUCAGUAAAGAAGAAGUCAGUAAAGUCAGCAAAACAGAAUGGGAAAUGAAAAAGUUUGACAAGGCAAUCGGUUAUUCAUUUGCCAUAGUUGGGAUUAACAUUACUGACCUGGCCUACAACCUGCUGAUAAGUGGGGCCCUCAAGACUCAUAUGUACAAUGUGGCCCCUGAGGCCCCAUCAUUGCAUCAUUUCCAGCAAACAUUUUGCUUUCUGAUGCACGAGUUCCACAAGUUCUGGAUCGAAAUAGACCCUGUGGACAUCAUGGAAUUCAACCGGGUGCGCAACAAGUUCCACAAACAGAUCCUGAAGCAGCUCCAGAAGACGGACAUGGCGUUGUGUCCCCACUUUGCGGCCUCGGAAAGCUUAGUCAACGUCUAACCAUCUCCAUUUUUCCGAUUCCAGAUCACUGCCUCACUGUUGUGUUCAUGAUCAUGGCGGCCGUGUUGUACGACCACAGCGAUUGUAUGCAUGCUUUUUUGGUAAAGUACUCAUCUCCGUUUUUACUAUGAAUCCCUUCGGAGCUCCGUGUACGCCGUGGGAUUUUCUCAUACGCAUAUUGCGGAUUACGCAGUGUUAUAUUUUCAUCUGACAUGAGAGUUUUCUAUUUUUUUAGGUUUUGUUUUUCUCAUAGCUGAACAUUGAAGAGUUGUAUUUUGUCACGUUUAGGUGGGUGUCUGAAUAAGCUCUUGUACUGUACACCUUUUAUGAUCCCUAAUAUUUCUACUGACCAGAUGAUACAUAUACUUAGCUCAAAUGUCUUAAUAUAUUUAUAUUGUAUAUAAUGUGCUUCACUGCAGUCCACUGUCUACACAUAAGUUACUGGUGUGUUACAUGUAGGCUUCGGAGCGCUUAUCUUUUACAUUGUUGACUUUCAGUAUGAUGGGCCCCCUUGAGGACUGUCUGCUGUACUGUACUACCACCAGAAACCACAGGAACCCCUGAAAGUUUUUCUAACUGCCUUUAUAUCCUAUGACAGAGAGUAGCAGCAGCCCCCCCCCCCCAUCCCUGAAGCAGAAAUUAUGUGUACCACUCUUAGAAAGGGCAGUGCGGACUUCUCACAUUUCCCCAUUUCACAGUUAGGUUUAGCUUUCAUUCUAGUGGUAUUGGAAAUAAUGUUGGAUACCAAUUAUUAUUUUGUGGGGGGGGGGGGGGUAACAGAAGUGUGGUUCCAGUCACAGCGACAAUGCCAGUGAUCCCUACACAACCCAUAUGAAACAGUGGCAUGACUACAUAAACAGUCAUUGCUUUCUUGUAUGUAAGGGGUUUUUAAUACAUUAUGAAUUAGCAAAGAUAUAAAUGAUAAUAAAGGGCAUAGAAAGAGUACAAUAUUAAAGCAAACACAUCAGGUUUGUAAAAUAGCAAUGUUGUUUAAAUG